AAGACACUGCGCGAGUCAAGCGCACGCCCAAGUCGAGUGGUCGCCAUUUUUGCUGAAGGCAAGGCGAAUGUGAAUCUCCGAAUCCCAUCUGAUCCCGUCGUCUUUUUCCAAACUGGUGUGUACGUGUCGUGAAUUUCUUUACAUGUAAAACGAACGUCCAGCCUCGGUAAGUUUCGCUAAUAGAAGUCAUUUUCAGUGAAAUAGAAUCCGUGCCGUGGAGAGUUUUGAGGUUUUGACUUUCGGAAUUGGACAACUCGUGUUAUUCGUGAGCAGAAUGAACACGAUUUCUCGGGAAUCUUUCUCGUUGACGGGGAGUGAAUAGUUUUAUUUAUGACAGGCUGACAUUUGCUGCGAAUUCAGGAAAACGGGCAACGAGCUCUUUUCAAGAGGAGGGAGGUUAGAUAAUUGUUUCGAACCAACCCCAAAAGUUGAUUAAGUUGUCGAGUGCGAGCAAGAUAAGUAAAAUUGUGUCGUGAAUAUUUCUCAAAUGAAAAUGAGUUGUCAACGAAGUGAGGGGAAAAUAACAGUUCCUGACGACUUGAGGGAUAUUUUGCUGGAAUUCACCAUCAACUAUUUGCUGGAGCAACCGGGGGAUAUAGUGGAUUACGCGGUCGAUUUUUUCACCCGCCUGAGGGAGAAUCGACAGACGCAGCUGAUCCAGGCAAAUGCUCAGACGUGUUCGUCGACGCCAGACGAAUCAGUCGACGACGAGGAACCAAAAAAGAUCAAUACCGAAAGGAGGAAGAGUGUUUUUGCUGAAACUUAUGAUCCGGAAGAAGAUGAAGAAGAUGAAGGAGUUAAGCAAAUUUAUCCUAAAAGUGACGAACAACGGAAUCGACUCAAUGAAAGCGUGAAAACUAUUCUAUUGUUUAGAGCAUUAGAUAAGGAGCAAAUGUGCGAAGUUCUUGAUGCAAUGUUUGAAAAAUCAGUCGAACCUGGAGAAUUUAUUAUUCGUCAGGGAGAUGGUGGAGAUAAUUUUUAUGUCAUAGAAAGGGGAAAAUUCGAAGUAUACGUGAAGCAAGAUAAACAAGAUAAAGAAAAUCAUAUUCACACCUACGAUAAUAGUGGCGCUUUUGGAGAAUUGGCUUUACUUUAUAAUCAACCUCGGGCAGCGACUGUCAAAGCAAUUACGCCCGGCACUCUUUGGGCAAUGGACAGAUUAACUUUUCGACGUAUCCUUCUUAAAUCUGCUUUCAAAAAAUGCAAGAUGUACGAAACUCUUCUGAACAAAGUACCAAUGCUCAAAUCUCUAGAGCCUUUUGAACGAAUGAGCUUGGCUGAUGCUCUGAUUCCGAAGCAGUAUGAUGAUGGGGAGAAAAUCAUUAAACAAGGGGAUUCUGCAGAUGGAAUGUACUUUGUUGAAGAUGGUGUUGUUAGAAUCACGAUCCAGGGAGAUAAUGGUCGCGAAGUUGAGGUAAAUCGCAUCCCUGCAGGCGGUUAUUUAGGAGAAUUGGCUCUUGUAACGCAUAAACCUCGAGCUGCUUCGGCUUAUGCUGUCGGUAACGUCAAAUUGGCCUUUCUGGAUGUGGAAGCAUUUGAGCGUUUAUUGGGUCCUUGCAUGGAGUUGAUGAAGCGUAACAUCGACGAUUACGAAGAUCAACUGAUCAAGAUCUUUGGCAGCAAAACGGAAAUCUCUGAUAUCCGAUGAACUCCUGCAUAUCUGCAGAACCGUGCCCAUUGUAAUGAGAUUCCUCAUUCAGGGCGACACUCUGCACAAAGUUGUACCAGCAUUCAUUUUUGAACUUCAUCCACAUAAUUUAAAAAAGUCUUCUCGAGAUGUCAUUCGUACAACUGUCCAUUAAACGUACGUCAUUCAUCAUUCGCGUCUACGGCAUUUACACCUACAACUAUUUAAUUAUUAACCUAACACUAUAGACCACAAAUCCUUAGAAUAUGUACGGCACGCCAUGAGAAUAAUUAUCAAGACUGUAUUAGAUCGAAAAGUAUUACAGUUUUAUUAUGAAGUUGCCACUUUUUUGGCUAAGUAUCUUUGGUUACCGUGCUAAUAGUGCCAUUAUUGUUCUAAUUUAUUUCAACACAGAACGAGUCCCUUUAAUUCAAGAAAACUAGUCUCCCGUUGUUGAGCCGAAGAAUACUUUUAGUUUUUUAAAUAUUUUACUUGUUCCGAAACUUGCUGUAAUUUUUGGCGGAUGAAAAUGUGGUUUCCUUCCAAAUGGAGAGUUUUACAAUACAAACGACCUGUUAUUUUUCAGUUGAUAAUUAUGAAAUUGGAAUAUAGACCAGUGGAGUAUAUUUUGAAACCCUUUUUACAUUAGAAUUUUCAAUUUUCCAUCUUUUUGUUUUUUGAGUCUAGAAUUUGAUUUUAAUUUUGAAUAUUUAAGGUACUAGUACAAAGUCAUCUCUAUUAAGAAAGUGUCUUUUCUAAAUAAUUAUUUAAUUUAAAUCUGCCCAAUUAACCCAAGCUUUCAGCAGGCAAAUUGGAUAACUUGAUCGAUUUUGUUAUAGACGCUGAAAAAUAGGUGCUUGUUAUAAUCUUAAUAAAGCUGCAAUAUUCAUUUUAUAUAAAUAUAACGGUGAUCGCCACCAAACUGAAUUCAUUAAAAUAAAAAAAAAAUCUCUAGCCAUGUUAAGGUAUCGUAUAUUGUCAUUAGAGCGAUCAUUUAAUUAUGUUAAAUGUCAGUAUGCAAAUAUACUGUAAGCUAGAAUAAGCGCUUCGCAAACGUGAAACGUUUCAUUUCGUUUUCAGACCGAAUCGACUACAAUGCACAAAUACCUCCUGUAUAUUAUUUUAAUGUUAUUAAUUUUGAGGCUAUUUCAUUUUUCACAUUUGUCCAAUGGAUUAUUUUUUAAUCAAUUUUAAAUUUGUAUUUCCGCGUGGAAUCAUUUCAUUUUUUAUCGAGAAACAUGAAAAAAAACGAAAACCGAUUAGACGACUUUUAAAAACAUAAAAUGUUGAGGCUGAUUUGUUCUUAUUAUCAGAGUCAAUUUUGUGCAUAGUAUAAACAAAUAUGCCAACCAUCUUGUAUUUUUCAAGUAUUUCAAUAAAAAUACUAUAAUUACUUGAAAAAUAUUAAAAUCCAAUGUGUGACAAAAGGUGCACAGAAAUAAAGAUGAAUAACUUACUAGUCAUUGUUUAAAAAAGUGUGCUAUUGUUACUAUUAAUUUUAUUUAUAUUGUUAUUAUUUUAAUUAUUAUAUUAUCUCUAAAUGCCGAAUUAGGCAUAGAAAAGUUGUAUUAUUUUAUUAGCAAGAGUGUUUGUUCGUUAUAAUCGUUUCGUUCCGUACAUUAAAUAAGAAAUAAAUCUUGACUUCCAAAAAUUCAUCAGAUCACAGUGAUUGUUAUAAAACGAUGUGGAUUGUAAACUUAUGUUAUUUAUCAAUGCAUCACAAUAGAUUCUUCUUUAUUGCAUUUAAUGCAUCGAUUUUCGUAUAGGAUUUGAAAAAUACAAUUUUUUUAAUUUUUCAUUUUAAAAGUCACUGUGUUGCAUGAUAUUGAAGAAAAUAUUCUGAAUAUGAAUAUUUUUGUUGAAAGAAAAAAAAGAAGAAUAAGAAUAAAAAGCUCGUGUGUGUAUGUGUGUUAUAAUUUAUUUAAAGUUUCAGAAAGUCGAAGGGAGAAAUUAUUUCAGACUAUAAGUGAUUGAAAUUCAUGAGAUACAUAUAAAUCCUCGUUACAUUUGACUUUAUGAGAAAAAUAUAAACUCUGAUCAGAAAGUAAUCAAAAUAAAAGUUCCGAAUUAAGGCAUUAUUACCAUCUUAUUGGUUUUACUUUUCUGUUCUACUGAAAUCCAUGUUAAAGAUUAAUAAUAAAAUUUAUAAUUUAUUAAAUUAUUCGUAUUGUUAAUAAGAUUAGUAAUAUUAUUAAAGUAAAUUGAAUGCGGGAAAUAACAAUUUUUAAAUUGUAGCUUUUAAAUACACUCACGGAUUCUGUGAAAAAAUCUUCAGCCACCCCGGUCUGACUUGUAUUCAUUUUAAAGGAUGCGAUGGUUUGCGUUUUUAUCUGCCACGAGUUCAAAAUUCACUACAGCUAUAGAAAAAUAUUGUU